AGGGAGGCAAAGAAUGUGAUAUAAGUGAGUAGAGAGCGCGAGCGCGAGAGAGGGAGAGCCAGAGACCGGAGUAUUUGUACACCGCCGAGUCCGGCGCAGGCACUCCGCUGCCCAUCGGGAUUCUUCGUACCCUUAGCUGGAAUGUCGGGGGUCUGAAGGUGGAUUUGCUACAAAAGUAUCAGCAGCAUUUUUUUUUAGAAAGCAGAUGGUGCCGUUCCAGAGGUGGGGAAUACCCCGCUUUUUUUUUUUCUUCCUUUUUCCCUCGCUGGACAUGUUCAUGAACUAAUUCUUUCCAGGUCGGUGUCCCCUUCUGAUCUGCAGGUUUUAUUUAAAUGAUGCACUUUGUCGCCAAGUCAAGGCUGUGUCGUACGUGAAGACGAAGCAGAAGCCCACCCGGAGUCGACGGCAGAGGACACGCUGCGGAUCUACCUCAUCCAGAGGCCUUCCUCCCUCCCUUCCUUCCUUCCAGGCUCUGAGAGAUGACCUGAGGGGCUCCCCAGCUUGGUUACUUUGUGAUCCUACGCCCUUUGCAGCCAUGGAGUGGGCAGGCCUCUGACCCACCCAACCCUCACCAAAGUGAAGCCCACUCUUUGACUGGCAGUUGUCUCCUGCCGCAUCUGGUGCCCCUCUGUUAUGCAACAAGUGGCCAUGACUGAGACGCUGCAGCUACCUUCCCUGCACGUGCAGGUCUCGGCUGACUGUGGAGGCCUGGGGAGCACGGCGGUCUGGUCCAGCUCGUCCACCCCGACGCUGCGCCGCAAACGCUUGAAGAUGCGCCGCAUGAAGAACGUGCUGAGCGAGAAGGACACGCUGGAGAAUGGCGAGCUGAUCCGGGACGUCUCGGGCUCUAAGGAGUACCUGCAGCUCCCUUCCAUUGAGAUCACACCAUCCAGUGACGAGGACACUCCCUGGUCCAACUGCUCCACGCCCAGUGCCUCUCCGCGCCGCAAGCGCUUCCUGCUCAAGAAGUGGCUCAAGGUGCGUGAGAAGAAGGAGCCGGGCAGCGAGAGCAGCAGCCAGCAGAGCAGUCAGCAGAGCAGCCAUGAUGACGACUCGGCCCGCUUCCUGACCCCCUUUAUCCGAGAGGAGAAGUCAGACAGUGGUGCGGAGAAGUUUAGCACUGCCAGUAACUCGAACCGGAGCACGCCUGCCUGCUCGCCUGUCCUGCGCAAGCGCUCGCGAUCGCCCACCCCCCCAGAGCGCUGAAGGCGAGAACAUGGUGGAGAAAGGCUCGGACCACUCGUCGGACAAGUCCCCUUCGACCCCCGAGCAAGGUGUCCAGCGCAGCUACACUUCAGCGCAGUCGGGCCGCACCGGCAACAAGAACUCCAAGAAAAGUCAGAGCUGGUACAACGUUCUGAGUCCCACCUACAAGCAGCGAAACGAAGACUUCAGGAAGCUCUUCAAGCAACUUCCGGACACGGAGCGGCUCAUUGUGGAUUAUUCCUGUGCCCUGCAAAGAGACAUCCUGCUUCAGGGGCGACUCUACCUCUCGGAAAACUGGAUUUGUUUCUAUAGCAACAUCUUCAGAUGGGAAACGCUGCUGACUGUCCGGCUGAAAGACAUCUGCUCGAUGACGAAGGAGAAAACUGCACGGCUCAUCCCCAACGCCAUCCAAGUUUGCACUGACACUGAAAAGCACUUUUUUACCUCUUUUGGAGCCCGGGACAGGACGUACAUGAUGAUGUUCAGACUCUGGCAGAAUGCACUACUAGAAAAGCCCCUUUGCCCCAAAGAACUGUGGCACUUUGUGCACCAAUGUUACGGGAACGAACUGGGCCUCACCAGCGACGACGAAGACUACGUGCCCCCUGACGACGACUUCAACACCAUGGGGUACUGUGAGGAGAUCCCUGCCGAAGAAAACGAGGUCAACGACAACUCUUCCAAGAGCAGCAUAGAGGUCAAGCCGGACGUCAGCCCGCAGCUCCCUAAGAAGUCCAUCACCAACAGCACGCUGGCGUCCACCGGCAGCAGUGAAGCCCCCGCUUCUUUUGACGGUGCGCCAGUCGAGGACGAUGUGGACUGCCAACUCGAUGGAGUGCUCCUUCCACCCCCGAUCAUCAAUGAGAAAGAAAAAGUCAUUGACAACAACAUUCCUGUCAGCACUCCAUCACUGGAUUUCAACGACAAUGAAGACAUCCCCACCGAGCUGAGCGACUCAUCGGAGACCCAUGAUGAAGGAGAGGUCCAGGCCUUCUACGAUGACCUCAAUGGCCGGCAGUACAUCAACGAGGUCUUCAAAUUCAGCGUGGACAAGAUGUAUGACCUGCUCUUCACCGAGUCCCAGUUCCUAAGGGAAUUCCUGGAGCAGAGGAGGUUUUCAGACAUGGUGUAUCAUCCUUGGAGAAAGGAAGACAAUGGCAACCAGACGAGGGAGAUCAUGUAUACAAUCACGCUAACCAACCCUCUAGCGCCUAAAACUGCCACGGUCACCGAAACACAGACUCUGUACAAGGCCAGUCAAGAGAGCGAGUGUUACGUCAUCGACGCCGAGGUCAUAACGCACGACGUCCCGUAUCACGACUACUUCUACACUCUCAACCGCUACACGUUAACACGAGUCGCCAAGAACAAGUGUCGUCUCAGGGUGUCCACUGAACUCCGGUACAGAAAGCAACCCUGGGGGCUGGUCAAGAGCUUCAUUGAAAAGAACUUCUGGAGCGGCCUGGAUGAUUACUUCCGACAUUUAGAGAUUGAGUUGACAAAGGUUGAGGCGACGUUCAUCGAGUCCCACCGACAGUCACCCAAGGAAAAGAACACGAAGGCUUCAACCGUGAGGAGACGGAAAAGGCCGCUUGCCCACAUCCGGGCCCAGCACAUGGAAGAAGUGGUCAGUCCGGUCACCACGCCCACAGAUGAAGAGGUCAUUCACAGAAUCAAGCAUGUGGCAGGUUCCACGCAAACUAAACACGUCCCAGAUGACCUUUCCGGAGGCCUCGCUUUGUACAGUGUUUCCAAGUUGCUGCUAAUCAUUAGUUUUGUCUUGGUGUUAUUAGUGUUCCUCAAUAUGAUGCUCUUCUACAAACUCUGGAUGCUGGAGUACACGACGCAAAGCCUGACGACGUGGCAGGGCCUGCGCCUUCAGGAGAGCAAACUGCCGCAGUCACAGAUGGAGUGGGCUCAGCUACUGGAGUCGCAGCAGCGCUACCACGACUCGGAGCUGCAGAAGUGGAGGGAGAUCAUCAAGUCCUCAGUGCUCCUCUUGGACCAGAUGAAGGACUCGCUCAUCAACCUGCAGAAGGGCAUCGGCCUGAGCGACUACUCCGCCGAAACGGAAGACAAGAGGAACCGCUACCACUGAUGGACAUUUCCAGGCCAAGAGGGAACGGUGUGCAAUAUGUAAAUAUGCGUUCACGCAAGUUAAGUCGAGAUACUGGACCCCCACACUCCUCCUCCACAUCCCCCCUGCCCCCUCCCAACAGUCGCGGUAGACAGUAUUGAGUCGCUGCUGCUCCACAAUGGAUACUUAACAUGACUGAAGUUCAAGGUGACCACAGGCCGGACAAAGAGCUCGGUUAGCACUGAGGCAUCAUGGGAAGACAGCAGCCACGCUAACCAGGGCCGGCACUCCUGUUUUUUUUUUUUUUUAUCUUUUUUUAAUUUAUUCUUUUUAUAGAAUGUUGUACUGUAAGCUUCUGCUGCGUAACAAACAGAAUCGCAUGUGUUACCCUCCAUAGGCCGUCAUUGUCCAUUGAAGGCAUUUAACUAGAAUUCUGUGCAAUCAGUGUCUGAAAUGAGACAGAGGCAAAGACAAAAAAAUAAGGCAUUAUUUAAUAGAAAGGAGGAAAGGCGGGUUUAUUUAUUGAGGCGGCGCAGAGCAGCGGGGUCCGCUUCGUUGGGGUCUUUACCUGAGCUGCAGAAUCCCUUUUAUCUUCAGGGGACAUGGCGUGUGACAGGGACCAGACAGAGAUGCUGCGCACUGAGGGACAGUAGACGCUGGACUAUGAGA